UGGAAAACAGAGCAAAGGAGAGAGAGACGCAAAAAACAGAGCCCCCGAUUCCCCUCAUCUCUCCCAGAUCGCCGCCACCUCUCCCUCCUCCGAUCCACCUCGCCGCCGGCCCUUCCCUUCCCCUCAUCCCACCGCGCAGCUCCGGCGGCUGCUGGAUCCAUCGCAUCCCCCACCCACCCAUCCCUCUCGCGUCCGAUCUCUAGCUCUCUUCACACGCCUCCUCGCCAUCUGCGACGGCUAAUUCAGGCGACGUCCGGCGAAUCCCGCCAUCACGAAGCAUAGCCCGAGGUCCCCAUCGAAACGCAGCGUCGUCCCAUGCGACUAGAUCCGCUGCUCACGGCUACCCCCGCCCUGGCAAGGGUUUCGGCCGUCGGCUCCGGCACCGGUGGCCAGGUCGUCCUCCUCUGGUACUCCUCUCUUCCGACGUGCAGGGAGGAACAGGCUGCGUAUGAACUCCAUCGUGACGCUACUGACGGUGAUGUCAAUGGACGAGAUGUGCCUCGGCGUCGACGAGCAUGCACUGAGGCGGGAAGUGGAAAAGGAAUACAUCGCCAAGCGAACUCAAUGGUACGAUGCUGGAGGUGGAAGACGUGGCCAACAUGGCGCUGUAUGUCGAGUCGGACGAGGCUAGGUAGCGGGGCUUGCCGGCCGGUGGGGGCAAAGCGGUGGAGUGCACGUGAGGUGUUUGAGGAAAUGCCAGAGAGAGGAGGAAGAAGAUUGAUGCUGACAGGUAGCUCUCAAACUGUGCAGAGUCAAGAUUGAUGCUAUGGUCAGCAUCAAGGCUAUGAAGCGAAAGAUCAGACAAAGGUUUUCGCCAUGUUUGUCCUUCAGCUUAGUAACUGUACGUCUAGUUCUUUCCCCUAUUGUAGUCCUUUUAUUUGCACCGUACUUCUUGAAAGAUGAUAACUUGCAAUCAUUAUUGUAGAGUGGCCGUGCUUCUAUUUAUAUUCCUGAAAUAAACUGAAAUUUCAUUUGCAUCUCUAUAACUUCAUUUUGUUAAUAAAAAGGUUUGAUUAAUUAAGCAGUGCAAUUACAUGGCUUUAUCCUUAUUUUCCAUUGUAUCAUGUCUCCACUUCUAUCUAAUAGGGAUCGUAGCUCUUGCUAUAGUUGUAAGUUGUGAUCUUAAAUGUAUUUUUUUUUUGAUAUCGUGAUCCUAAAUGUACACUUGAUGGUGCUGAAAUUACAAAUGAA